CUCCUUUUUUUCUUCCUCCUCCUUUCCCUUCCGGCCGGGUCUCGUCCACUUCCCCUAACUGCGGCCCCGAUCCUACGUAAAGGCAUGACUUCCCGGCACCGCAGGGAAAAUAGGGUGCAAGCCCAGAAACUAUUUCCCUAUCACCACUUGUUGAAAAACUGAUUUGAAGGCAUCUCCGGGUUUGAACAAACGAAAGUGCCAGGAUUUCAAGCGUCUUUGGUUUUGCGCUGGAGACCCUUCACUACUAAGUAUCAAGACGAAAAAAACUGGAAAGUGAUCAGAACCUAUUCAGAGUCAGAAUGGAAAGAUUUGUAGUGACAGCACCACCUGCCCGAAACCGUUCUAAGACUGCUUUGUAUGUGACUCCCCUGGAUCGAGUCACUGAGUUUGGAGGUGAGCUGCACCAAGAUGGAGGAAAACUCUUCUGCGCUUCUUGCAAUGUUGUUCUGAAUCAUGUUCGCAAGUCUGCCAUUAGUGACCACCUUAAGUCAAAGACUCAUACCAAAAGGAAGGCAGAAUUUGAAGAGCAGAAUGUGAGAAAGAAGCAGAGGCCCCUAACUGCAUCCCUUAAGUGCAACAGUACUGCAGAGAAAGUCAGUGUUAUCCAGGACUUUGUGAAAAUGUGCCUGGAAGCCAACAUCCCACUUGAGAAGGCUAAUCACCCAGCAGUCCGUGCUUUCCUGUCUCGCCAUGUGAAGAAUGGAGGCUCCAUAACUAAGUCAGACCAGCUGAGGAGAAGAUAUCUUCCUGAUGGAUAUGAGAAUGAGAAUCAACUCCUCAACUCACAAGAUUGUUGA